CACCAGCAGCAGGAAGUUUGUCCGGAAGUUCAAAUGGAGGUAUUCCUCCUGCACAGGUUCCCCGGGAUGAGUCGCAGUUUCAGCGGAGAGGUGAGGUGAACCGCCCCGGGCUUCACUUCCUCCUCUGGCGGGCAAACGGGAGAAGAAAGUUCGGUUAGAAGAGUACGUCCAUUGAAAGUUCAGCCUGAACUGCGGAGGGAGGUGUCUGCUGCUCGGUUUGCAUAUAACACAGAGCCCCGGUGAGGAGGUGGAGGCUGGAGGGAGGGACCAGGGCUGAGGGAGGAGGAGGACCCGGGAGUGACGGAGCAGGAGGGCCCGAGAGAGGAGGAGGACCAGGGCUGACGGAGGAGGAACCGGGAGUGACGGAGGAGGAGGACCCGGAGGGAGGGAUGGAUGGAUAGAAAGAUAGGGACAGCUCAACUCUCGCGAGACUUGUCGGGAGCAGCAUCGCAGUCUCGUCCCUGAACGAAGAACCGUCUCUAAAGAACCGGACCGUGAUGGCGGCUCCUCGGCGGCUCCGUCCCGCUUCUCGUCCCGGUCCAGUAGAGGUCGGAUGGUCGCCCGCGGCCCAGUGGUCCCUGUGAAGACGCCAUCCCUCUAGGUUGCUUCCCUGGCCUUGCUGCUUACCCACAAUGCAUUGCCAGAGGCUUCUGUUUGUCUCCUACACUCCGCUGUAACGUUGCCAACACUCCAUCUUUAGCAGUUCAGUUUCUUAGCAGGAAGGUAAAGGAGCUGGUUCACCAUCAUCUUUCUGAAAGCAUGUCUGGCCCAGGGGAUUUACCAGCCAUUGAGGGCUCUGGGAUGGACGGGAUGAGGCUUCCCAUCGGGAUGACCCGGCGGGCCCUCAGCUACGAUGACAACAUGGAGGCCCCCAUGUCCACGCCCCCCAAUGACAUCAGUAUCAACAACCUGUGGAGACGACCCAUCAUCCCGGAGAGGAAGUUCUCAAAGCUGGCUGAGGAGGAUGAGAGCGGUGCAGUGAGUCAGCCUACGUUGCCGGACAGCGCCCUCACCAGGUCACCGGGCGUAGUGAAAACCAAGGCCUCUUCUGUCAUCAUGCAUUCCCUCAUCACCAAGCACACUCAGGAUAGCAUGUACAGGUUUGAGCAGAGGGCGGGCCUCACCGACAGCAGCUACACCCCCCACAAGGGCCUCACGGCGGAGGAGACGAGGCUCCACCACCGCAUGCCCGAGUCCCUCCAGAAACUACAGAUCCAGAGUAUGGAGGCAAAAGAAGAGCGGCAGAGCUCCUCGGCUCAGUCCACUCCAUCCAACACGCCUCACAACUCUCCAAAACAUCAACGCAGGGGCUGGUUUGGGAGUUCGGGGUCAGAGGUCAGCAUCAGCUCCUCCAACAGCAGCAUGGACAUGGGAGGAGAAACGGGCGCGGUGGAGAAGUGGAGCGUGUUCACGACUCGUCCCUUCCUCCAUAAGUCGACUUCUGACCUGGGAUCAGAUUCUGCACCUCCAGCAGGCUUUGCUCUGCAGGCGUACCGUGGCGCCCAGAAGCCGACGCCCAUGGAGGUGAUGAAGUCGCAGGGCACGCGGAUGACCGACGGCAUCGACCCUCAGAAGGUGGCUCCUCCCAAGAUGGAGAUCCCCUCAGUGGAAAGUCGGCGGCAGGGAGCGCGACCUCACAAGCUCAAACCCAGAGACAUGAACGUCCUGACGCCCUCUGGCUUCUGAGUCUGAGGAAGCCGCUUAAGGUCCCAUGAAAUAAAACCCCCAGUGUGUUGUUACCAGGUAUCUCUGAACCCACAGUCACACAUUCACCAUUUAUCUACAACUACAGCAACACUGCUCCUUUUUAACAGUUUUAUACAUCGUUCCUGUGAGCAUGACUCAGCGUAUUCACCACGGUAAAGAUCUGGGACUGCAGUGAAGUCGGUAAAGACCUGUUCCGAAACCAUUGGGACCGCUGGAGUCUUAAACACGGUACACGUUGCUUCCCUGGGUAAAUCAUUUCUUAAUCAGUGACAUAAGCUCUCAUAAAGGUGGUGAGAAAAGUAAAAGAAGUAAUUUCCGGGGGGGGGGGGGAGUUGCACUUUCACCCGGGUGACACUAAUAUACUUUAGAUCUUUGUGCUGGUUGAUACCAGAGCAUCACAGUGGUCUUUUAUACAUUAAAGACUGUUUCAAGGGAUCUUUAGCGGCAGCACCACACAAACACAGAGCUGACCGACAUCUUCACAGCUUUCCCAUCCGCGCUGCUUUGACGUAUUUACUGUGCUGCUUAGCUGUCAAAUCAAACAUUUCUCUUACUCGUCGCUCUUCUACCUGGCACAUGUGUCUGCAGCAUGUUGACGUCACCUGAAAAUACUGAACCGAACCCCCCCCCCCCCCCCCCCCCCCCGAGUCCAAACGACACGGAGGGCCACUGUCUGAUUUAUCCCUGAGAAAAAGUCGAGCUGAAGUUGAAGAUGAUUCUCUGUAAAACGCACUUUAUUCCCACUCGGCCCGACUCACACCUGCUCUCCUGCAAAGCAACGUGCUGCUGGUCUAACGUCUGAUCCGUCUCCAUUUCCCCUCAUCCUUGUUCUUAAAGGGUUCAUCUCACUAGGCAGAGCGGAGACAGGGUAGAUUCAUCGCUGUAAAGAACAAAAAAAAAUACUGAAAAAAAAUCGUUUGACUCAGGUAAUUUGGCAGGUUGCUGCUCACUGACAUGUUCCACUGAUUUGUUUUGUGUUACAGUUGUUCUCUAAUGAGGUUUUAAUGUAUAGAAUUUGUUUGUUUUUUUACCUGCCACUGAACUUACUUGUAGUUUUCGGGACCAGAAGAAGAAAAAAGUUUCCACCUGGUGUGUGAAUAUGUAAAAGUCUGAGCUGACGAGCUGCUUCUUUAAAUAAUGCAAAUGAAGAAGAAGGUUUAAAGUAGAGUUCAACCGACAUGGGGGAGAAAAGGAUUUCAGAGGUAAUGGCCGAUAUAUUUAUUUUUAUAAUUGGCUCUUGUGGACGUUCAACUCGUGUGAGUUUGACGAACAAAGAAAUGUUAACGAGGCUUGGUAUUUUAUAACUUUACCAUAAUCUCUAAAUAAUUGAACCAUUAUUAUAAAUAAUAACACAAAUACAACAAAAUGCACUUAUUUCCUGCAUUUACCCUGUAAAAUAAGACAAACGCAGAAACCGAUGUGUCGUUAAAAAAAGGCUCAUCUCUGAUUUCUAUCGCCCAACCAUUAAAUCGGUCUGACUCUAUCAAAGCCAACGGAAGCUUUUUGUUGGCUCAGAUUUCUGACUGCAAAUAUGAAGGAUUUCUGUUUAUGAUGAUUUGAUUUGUGCUGUGUGCACUGACUGGAGAGAGAGAGAGAGCGCCGCUGUGCUCUGCAGUGAUCUUUACUUAAAUUUAAUUUCUUUACUCAAAAGAAGUUUCACACACAAACUCUCCUGCUUUACUCUUUUGAUUUUAGAGGUGAAUUCAGUCGCCACAGUUCACAGGAAACACUGAAGAAAACAAAAUCUCUCCUCAAAAAACAAAAAGAGCAGAAAUAUAUGAAUUAAUUUAUAAACCACCUCAUUUUCCAGUGACUGCUCCUGCUGCCGAGGUGUGGAAGGUUUCUACCCUGCCAGCUGUGCAGUUGGUUAUUGGUUUUAUAUGCAAGGUUACUGUCAGAUGGUUUAUUUGAGGGUUUGGUAGAGUUUGCAGUGAGUUGAGGUUCACUCUGAUAAUGAAAACACAGAUGGGUAGUUGUUAUUAUUUUUGCACUUUGAAUUAUUAUGGUAGCAGUCUAUUUUCUGGUAGUAGAGUCUAUCCAUGUGUAACGUGACCCAGCAGUGGAAGAGUUUGUGUUUUGAUGGAGUGAACGUGUCACCACCUGUUCCCUUUUUCACGUGAACUAAACUAAAGCUGGACACUAAACAAAACAAGCUCUCGAGCCAGCGACUGUAAAUAAGAAACUUUCUCCUCAGUUACAUGUUUUAUAGAUUGUGUUCACAAGUGAUUUAUUUGUGUGUAAGUGAAGCUGUUCCCUUUGAAUCUGUCCCUGACUGAAGCGACACGUCUCACUUCCCUCUGUACGAUGACGAAGAGAUGAAAUCUCUGUUUCUGUUGAUCUGUUCAGAAUCUCUUCCAGUUACUGUUUGAGACAUUUUACUUGAUUUAUACAGUUUGUAUUUGGUUUAUUUCCCGUUUGCCAAAACAGUUUGGAAAUUAAAAAAUAAAUGUCAAAGUCUCAUCACA